AAAGUGAAAGGAGCUGGGAUUGUGGAGUGGACGGGCUUGAUGUUGUGGCCUGUCUUUUUAAAAAAGAAAGACACCUUUUUGCAAGUCACUGACAGGAGGGAAGAUUUGAUUUUGUGCUGAAGAUUAUUUGCAGAGCAUGCUGUUCUGGCGCAACUGGUCUAGUUCCCAGUAUUUGGGUGGACGAUCUGCAUCUCAGUUUUCGGAUGGCAGCUUCCUUUUUGCUCCGGAUCCUGAAGAAUCAUUAUCUCAGAUGAUAAACCGCACGUUAACAGAUGACACUGCGUCACCAGAUGAAGAUCUGGAUUCUGUUUUAUUUGGAAACCUACGUGGGAAUGUGGUUGGGAUGCGUUAUUAUACAGGCGUGGUGAGCAACAAUGAAAUGGUUGCCCUUCAGCGAGAACCGAACAACCCAUACGACAGAAAUGCCGUCCAAGUAAAUAAUGUGAAUGGUAUUCAGGUGGGACAUAUCAAACGGGAACUGGCAGCUCCUCUGGCCUUUAUCCUGGAUAACAGACUUGCCAGAGUUGAAGGGGUGGUUCCUUACGGUGCCAACAACGUGUUCACCAUGCCAGUGCAACUUUCGUUCUGGGGCAGAGAAGAAAACCGUGACGCUGUUCUGGAAAGGUUAAAGAGACACGGGUUUAAACUGGCACCUCCGACAAAAGGUUCUCUUUUAGGUGGUGGGAUUGCUGAGGCAUGGUCUGGAAUGGGAUCAGCAAGACCGGGUCCCAGUUACAAAGCUCCUGUGCACACUGCUGUGCAGAUGACAGUGGAACAGCUCAAGAAUGAAUUUGACAAAAUAUUUGAAGAUCUGAAAGAACAUGACAAGACUCGAGAAAUGGAACCAGCUAAGGCUGUUUGCACCCCCUUGCUCCCUCACCAGAAGCAGGCCCUGGCUUGGAUGGUACUGCGAGAGAAUAACACAGACCUGCCUCCAUUCUGGGAGCAGAGGAACGGCAUGUAUUAUAACCUGCUGACCAAUUUCGCAGAGAAGGAGAGACCCGAAAAUGUUCGUGGAGGAAUCCUGGCUGACGACAUGGGCUUGGGAAAGACACUGUCAACUAUUGCUGUAAUCCUUACAAAUUUUCACCAGGGAAAACCACUCCCCACGGAAAAGUUCACACCGGGGCCAGUGAUGGAAGAGGAGCCAUCUGGCUUUGCUGAUGCUUUGGGGAAAUCUUCUGCAUGUAAAGCUAAUGAGGAACUAUCCAAUACUUUCAAAAUGCAAACAGGUGCUGACAACAGGAACAAGGCCACUGUAAUCGAUACCACAGGAAGCAUUACUUCGUCAGGAUCCAAACCACACUCAUCUUCAUAUCCCAAAAGGAAAAAAACAGAAAACGUUAAAUACACGUACAGCAGCGAUUCGGAAAAGGAUGAAGAAAAUAUCUCCACAAAAAAGAAAGUGAAAACGCAACAGAAAAGUGCAGCGGGUAAACGAACGGAAUGGAAAGCCACAAGUAGCGGGAGAAAAGGUACUACAGAGAGCCAGUCGCAGUCUAGUUGUGGCCUAAUGGAGGAUAUUGAUUUUGCAGCUGCUCUUGGUGGUACUUCCAGUUCCACUUUAAAAAAGAUCAAGAAAGGUUGUCCAAGCUCACAGCCCAGCUCUAAUACAGCGGCUAAUGCAAAGGCGAGAGCGACCCUGAUAGUUUGUCCUCUCUCGGUGCUCAGUAACUGGAUUGAUCAGUUUGAGCGACAUUUAUGUCCCGAUGUGAAAUUGAAUAUGUAUCUUUAUUACGGCUCUGAGAGAAAUAAGACUGCAUCGUUCCUCGCUGCACAGGAUAUUGUACUGACCACCUACAAUACAUUAACGGUUGAUUAUGGGAGUGGGAGUGCCAGCCCCCUGCACAAAGUGAAGUGGCUCCGUGUGGUACUGGAUGAGGGCCACACCAUACGGAAUCCAAAUGCCCAGCAGACCAAAGCUGCACUCACACUGACUGCUGAGAGACGAUGGGUACUAACAGGCACGCCGAUUCAAAACUCCUUGAAGGAUCUUUGGUCCAUCCUUUCGUUUCUGAAGUUGAAACCAUUUACAGACCGACAAUGGUGGCACCGGACUAUCCAACGGCCUGUAACCAUGGGGGAUCAGCACGGGCUCAAACGGCUGCAAGCAUUAAUAAAAAACAUUACCUUGCGAAGAACCAAAGCCAGUAAGGUAAAUGGCAAACCUGUAAUUGAGCUCCCUGAGCGUACGGUUUUUGUGCAGCAUAUAACCCUAACCGAUGAAGAGAAGCAAAUCUACGAGUCCGUAAAGAAUGAAGGCCGGGCCAUCAUCGGCAGAUAUUUCAGUGAAGGAUCCGUUUUCACACAUUAUGCAGAUGUGCUCGCUAUCCUCGUCUGGCUGAGGCAGCUGUGUUGUCAUCCGCGUCUGUUUGCAAAUUCUUCCGCUGUAAUGGGUUCCUCAGACAAUGCCACUCCUGAUGAACUGCGGGAGAAACUGCUGAAGAAAAUGAAACUGGUUUUGAGUUGUGGCUCUGAUGAAGAGUGUGCCAUUUGCCUGGAAUCACUAACCUUCCCUGUGAUUACCCACUGUGCCCAUGUUUACUGCAGACCGUGUAUCUGUCAGGUCAUUCAGAGCGAGCAGCCCACUGCCAGAUGCCCCUUGUGCAGGGCAGAGAUCCGAGUGGAACAGCUGGUGGAAUGUCCCCCUGAAGAGGCAGACGUCGCGGCACCUGAUAAAUCCCAGCAGAUCUGGGUCUCCAGUUCAAAGGUCGAUGCCCUGAUGCAUUCCUUGAUCGAGCUUCGAAAGCAGGAUCCCACCAUCAAGAGUUUAGUAGUGUCCCAGUUCACAGCUUUUCUAACUCUUAUAGAAACACCACUCCGACAAGAAGGCUUUGCAUUUACGCGCCUGGAUGGCUCAAUGCCCCAGAAACGGCGGAUAAAUGCCAUUGAGUCCUUCCAGAGCAGUGAGCCAGGCUCGCCAACUGUCAUGCUGCUGUCGCUGAAGGCUGGUGGAGUUGGUUUGAAUUUGACGGCAGCGUCUCGUGUAUUCCUCAUGGACCCUGCCUGGAAUCCUGCUGCUGAGGACCAAUGCUUUGACAGAUGCCAUAGACUGGGCCAGACCAGGGAUGUUGUAAUCACCAAGUUCAUUGUGAAAAACUCCGUGGAGGAAAAUAUGAUCAAGAUUCAGAACAAGAAACGAGAACUUGCAGCAGGGGCUUUUGGAACGAAGAGACUGCGCGAGAUAAAGCAAAGCCGAAUUGAAGAGAUUAAGAUUCUGAUUGACGUGUAACGCUGUUUUAUGGCAUCGUGUCUGCUUUUAUUUUUCCUUUCUAGCCCUCCCAGACAUUUGAGCUUAUUGAAAUUUUCAAACUUUUGAGUACUGUAUUGGGACAGAAAAAUGGGAAGUAAUUUGUAAACCAAAUACAAAUUUAUAUGAGAUGGUAACUUUUAAUGUGAAGUGUUUGUUGAAUUCUGAAUCAAAAUGUAGAAAACAAAUUGUCCGUCUGAUUAUAGUGUAGAAACUGUUGCAGCUGAAGUGCAUCACUCAGAUGAAAGAUUGAGACUUAGCUCAAUGUGCCUAUUUCAGUUGUCAGGUGGACAUUUAACAGCCCCAUCGUAAUACUUAGACCCAGAGUGUGCUGCCAGUCUUCUGACUAAUGUUUCUCCCUCAACCUACACCAACUAAAUCAGAUUUGCUGGUAUCUUGUCUUAUCAUUAUUUGUGACGUGUUUGUGUGAGCCUUGUGUGCUUGCCUGAGUAAUCAUUUAUUGUAUUCCAGAAUUCACUAUGUGAAAGGGAUUGAGAUAUUUUACAGAUGUGGUGGAAUGCUUCGUAAAGGCAAGAUUUGUUUUUUAUUAAAAAAAAAGCUUGUCCCAGCUCU